GUAACGCGAUGUGGCUUCAAUCGACGCAGACCUCGUGAUCAAUAUUUACGGAAGUGUUGACUGGUGAACUGAAGUCAUUGCUCAGUCAUUUCUAUUUUAUCUUUGAAACAUUGCUUCAUUCCUUAGGCUACGUUUGUGUAACUCACUACCAAGAAUAAAGUCUGUUUAAGAUUAUCUAACUUAAAGGAUCUAACGGGGACCUGUUAGCUUGUUAGUAAAGAAGGGUAGCAGGAAAUUUCAAGCUAACAUAAACGUCAGCUUGAAAUCGCAGAGUCAAGAACUCCCACCCGGUUUGUAGCUGCUCUCCUGUGGACAUGGUUGUGGCGUUGUCGGUCCGGGUGUGUUUGGAGGUCCUGUGAAGUCUUUGCAGAGGGGUAAUCUUCGGGUGUCUCUGGAAACUUUGGCGAAAGCUAACCGCUAGCUUGCUAGCCAAACGGUAGCUAGCAGCAUGGGAGCCGAGCAGAGUGGAGAUGCGGAGCACAAACACUCCGAUUACAGCUCAUCUGUGGUGCCCUCCCCAGCAAAGCAGAAAGCAAAGAUGGAUGAUAUUGUUGUUGUGGCUCAGGGGACCCAGUCAAUGCGAAAUAUCCACAACGACCCAGAUGUCAUCAAGCUUCAAGAGAUACCCACCUUUCAGCCACUUUUAAAAGGAGUGUUGAGUGGCCAGACGUCACCCAGCAGUGUGUGUCUGGAAAGGCUGGACGCUGCCCAGGUUCUGCAGCUCUGCAUCCGGUACCAGGACCACCUACACCAGUGUGCUGAGGCCGUAGCCUUUGACCAGAAUGCCCUGGUUAAGAGGAUUAAAGAGAUGGACUUAUCAGUGGAAACCUUGUUCAGCAUAAUGCAGGAGCGCCAGAAACGCUACGCCAAGUAUGCCGAGCAGAUCCAGAAGGUCAACGAGAUGUCCAUGAUCUUAAGGCGCAUCCAGAUGGGCAUCGACCAGACGGUGCCACUAAUGGAGCGCCUUAACAACAUGCUGCCUGAGAGUGAGCGAUUGGAGCCCUUCAGCAUGAGGUCUGAUGGGGACUCUGCCUCCAAAUAGCCUCCUUAUCUAUCACAGCUGCUUCUUACCUGAGUUUCCGUCCAUUAUUUUCUUCAGGAGGAAGUGCAUGUCUGUGCAGCUGUAGAGAAACAAAGUCUUUACGUGGGUAAAAAAACUCUGAACCCUUUCAACUGUUUUGUUUUCACAGUAGAGGUAGAACUGCUCUAGUCAGUUCCCCAGGUCAUGAUCAGUUCUUUUUAUAAUUUUACUUAAUGCAGGAAGUUUUGCUGAACACACAUGCUCUUAAUCAGCAACAUGUUACUUCUACUCAGCACACGUACAUUCAUACCUGAGUUUAACCAAAACCAUCUGCUACCGGCCACUGAGCAGCUUCACCCGGAGCUGUUGCCAACUUACAAAGUGCUGCGAUCAGAUGUACCCCAACUGCAGAUUAUUACUUCUACAAUCCCCCUGAGGGAAUAAAACUGGCAAUCUUCCAGACACAUGCUUUCCUUACUACUCUCUAUAAAAAGGCAGGAGAGGAGCAAACACUUUUGAUUGCGACACAAUGAACUCCAUAUGCCUAAAAACUUGUCCUGUAGAUGUGUUGCAGGUUUUAGAGACUCAAAUGGAUGUGAGCAACAUAAAAGCAUCUCAAACUUUUCUUGCUGCUCUGGAGAUUUUGCAUUACACCUCUGAAAAUAUCAGAGUCGCUGAAGAACUUGCAGUGGACCGAUUUUGGAUUUUGCACAUUACAAAUGUUUGUGAAUAUGAUAUUUAUCUCGCUCUCAAGCCAUACGCCCUUCUCACUGUUUGGACAUCUAUUUCCAUGAACUGCAUGUAUGCAGGUUGACUGCUUUUAAUUUUCCGAAAAAUAUCGUUGUGUCAUUUUGGGAUAUUAUGAUAAAGAGACUCAGAGUGAACCAGUACGGAUUAUUGCCAUUUGAUUACACAAGAAGUAUGGCGUGCUGUACAUUGGAAGUAAAAUGAGAGACUUAUUCUUGGACAGAUGGUAGCCUCAAUUGUCUUAUAAAGUUUCGGCAUAAGAGAACCUUAAUUUAUUUGCAUACUUUAGCUUGAGCUGUUGUGCCAAGCCUCUUUGCAUGAAAAACAGUGAAGAAAGUGAAACAGAGACCCUGACUCAGCAGAUUGCAGAAGAUUACAGAAGAUGGAUGCAAAGGUGGACAGAAAACAUUCUAGCAAGUUACUCACACUUUCGGAUCACUGCACUGCAACUUCAGCAGUCAUUGUAUGUUUGUUAGCGUGUCUCACGAACACCACACGUACCAAAGAUUCAUACAGGCUGUUGAAUAAUAAGUGUCACUUUAGUAACACUUGGUCAUAUCUUUGGUCUCUUUUGAGGGAAGUGAUCAAGUUAACUGCAUCAUCUGUUGAAUAAUUGUUUCUGUAUCACAUGUUGUGGUUUGUAAGAUUAAAGGGCCAGCUCACCCAAAUAAUAAUAAAUAAAUAAAUAAAUUGAUAAAUUUCUCUCUUA